UCUUCUUGGAACUCUACAAUCGUCACUCUCUUCGCAUGCGAAGAACCUCUUACUGAGACACCUGCAGCCACUCUUUAGACCAACCUGCCACGCACGGCGCGGUCUGGUCGAAGCCCCGCGCUGCCUUAUUAGAGACUGCGGGAUGGCAGGACACAAUGUGACCCCCGAGUCUUCGCAUCUCAAUGCAAGACAAAUCCAUGCUGCAGCAAUUAUCCAGAACAUCGCCAGAUACUACAUGCCAGAUUCUCAAUCAACAUCGACUGCUCAGCACAAACAAUGCGCCUCCAGUAGCCCCACACCCACUGCAACGUCGAGUGGCACAUGCCCACCCACCGCCGUACCAGCGUCCCUGGAGCUACCGCCAAGUACAUCGCCUCUCAGACACGACCCUACCCUCACUGCUUUCGCGCAGCUCGCCGCCUUUCGACUUGACUGCGAGCGUGGGUUCAUAUCUCUGAUUGAUCAUGAGCAGCAGUACGUUCUAGCCGAAGCAACACGCAGCAUCUCGCUUCUGAAUCCCGAGCAAUGCCUUCCAGGUGAUGACUUGUAUCUGGGUGCUCAGAAACUGCCUGUGGCAUGGGGUUUGUGUCCAGAUACGAUUCAUACCUUCACUGCGGAGGACGACAAGCUCAACGUCUCGACCCAGCAGAUCACAGCAAACCAGUACUGCUACGUCAUCAACGAUCUCGCGGAGGUCGAUUGUUUCAAAGAUAGACCCUAUGUUUCUGGCUGGCCAUUUGCUCGUUUCUAUGCCGAGGUUCCCCUCAAGUCUGGCGGCUUUGUAAUUGGUAGCGUCUGCGUAGGAGACAACAAACCGAGAUCUGGUAUGGAUGUGGUAGCACUGAAUAAACUCACGGAAGUGGCAACUGCUGUCGCUAUCCACCUUGACCUUGUGCAAGCACAAAAUCGACUUCAGCGAUCUCAGGAAAUGGUGCGGGGGCUGGGUCAAUUUGUGGAUGGGAAGUCUGUCCGGGAAUGGUGGAAGGAUACUUUCAAUGACCAGUUUAAAGGCUUGACUGACACGAAGGGGGAUGCAUCAGACCAGGGUCCUGGAUUUGCGCAAACAUUGUUAACUGGUUCGGAAAACCGGCACACGCUCUCUCCAAGGGCAGAGUCCCCCGCCGGUUCAUCAUCGCGCAAUGGUCCUGAUCCUGAUGAAGUGGAACAAGAUGCAAUGGACCGAUUUGAUUCUCUUGCCGCAACGGCAACGCACUCAUCUAGGAGCCACACCAAUGAUGCUGCGUUACCAGUUCGAACAGUUCAGCUGCAGGACAUUCCUUCUCAAUUAGAAGUUCCCGGACAACCAUCUACUCCAAGUGUACAGCGCGAUUCUGUACAAUUAUCCGACGGAUCACCUUCAUCCAAAGAACAAAUGGCCUACGAAGCUAUUCAACGCCUUUUCUGCCGAGCAAGCCAUUUGGUAAGGGAGUCGAGCGAACUUCAUGGUAUAAUUUUUGUGGAUGCGUCACUACAGGACAUUGCGAUCACGGAAAAUCGGAGGAAGUCGGUGGUGACUCCUGCCAAUACACCUAGAUUCGGUGAUUUGAGACACUCUGCAACGACCCACAAUCGAGGGCUGUCCAUUGGUACCAAUCACAACUCAUGGGUAACUACAGAAUCUGCUGACCUUCCAGCGUUCAUUCGGCAAGGCUUCAAGGCUCAUGUUGAGGCUCCAGCCACAGGAGGCAAAGACAAAGCAUCAAUCUGCAACUUGUUAGGCUACUCAUUAAACAAUAACUCGGGACGUGGAGAUACAGCACCAUCCAGCAGACAUUUAGAAGUUCCACAAUCCACUUUACGCGACCUUCUCCGCAGAUAUCCCAACGGGCAUAUCUUCCAGUUCAACUCCGAUGGAUCACUGUUGGACCACGAGGUCAUGGACUCGAUCGGUCAUGGCUCGUCAACAAGUCGCUCUCGAACACACUCAAAUGGCAAAUCAAUCUUUGAAAAGGAAAAGGAGCAGCUGCGGGCCUAUCAACUGCUUCAUAUUUGCCCAGGUGCACGAGGUAUCAUAUUCUUUCCAUUGUGGGAUCCGCAGAGAGAUCAAUGGUUUGCUGGCAGUCUUGCGUGGACUACGGACCCUGUGAGAAUGUUGCAGUCAGAGGACGUCACUUUCCUUGCUGCCUUCGGCAGCUGCAUCAUGGCUGAGAAGUCGAAGAUGGAAACUCUUGUAGCCGAUCGUGCCAAAUCCGAUUUCAUAUCCUCCGUCAGCCAUGAGCUCCGGUCACCUCUCCAUGGCAUUCUUGCUACUGUUGAAGCUCUUGCUGAUACUGCAAUGACCAUGGAGCAAAACGAUCUGAUUCGUACUGUUUCCACUUGUGGGGAGGUGCUUAUGGAUACAAUGGAUCACAUUCUCGAUUACGCAAAGCUCAGUAAUUCCAAGAAACUCCGAAGGCUGACCACAGGCGAGGCCGAGGGGUUUGAACAACGUUCCUUGCAAAGCAUUAAGAUCACAAGCUUUGACCUGAGCAACCUUGUCGAGAGUGUUGUGGAAGGGAUCUUUGCUGGCCAUAACUAUCGCAGCCUUGUCAACGCAGACAAAGUUUCUUCCGAGCAGGCGCGAAAAGCACAUGAACAGAACGCCGUUCGAUUGACACCGCCCAGCAUGAAUCCUAACGUGAUGGUUAUAGUCGACAUCGAACGGCAGCUAACCUGGCUCUUCGAUUCGCAAGUCGGUGCUUGGAAGCGGAUCUUGACGAACUUAUUCGGAAACGCGCUAAAAUAUACCGAAGCAGGUUUUGUUCGAGUUUCUCUCUCUGCAAACCCAAUCCCAUUGAGACCGAACUCUUUCGUCGUUACACUUGAGAUCCAGGAUUCUGGAAUUGGAUUGUCAAAGGAUUAUGUCCAACAUAAGCUCUAUACUCCUUUCGCUCAGGAAAAUCCAAUGUCUGCUGGUACCGGACUUGGUCUCAGCAUCGUUCGGCAGCUAGUCAAUGACCUGGAGGGAAGUAUCGACAUUGAAAGUGAAGUGGGAUACGGCACCUGGGUCAAGGUGUCUGUGGCUUCGAGCAUCUCAUCGUCCGAUCAACCGGACGAACAGUCUAUUGGAAGUUCCGCAAAGAUUCGAGACAUCAGAGUGUGGUGUGAAGGCCUUAAGAUCUGUCUCGUUGGCUUUGACUACUAUCCAGAGAUUGAAGAAGCCCCUACUGGUAUCCUUAGCGCAAUCGCAAGACGCAUGCUUGCAAUCCGCUCCUCCAUGACAACGUUGCUCGCCGAGUGGUUCGGCAUGGAAGUUGUAACGGCCCCUUCACUUGACAAAGCAAAGGGUGAUAUCUUGAUCGGGAUGCAAUCUCAGAUCAACGUGGUCCCGCAGCAAACCCGAGCCGAACCGUUGAUUGUCUUUGAGGACUGUUAUUCAGGAUUUCGCGGUGGAAAUGAUGGUGGUGUCUUUCAUCUUUCGCAACCGGUUGGACCUCACAAGCUUGCCAGAAUUCUGGGCCUUUGUCUUGAAUACAGAUACGCCGCCGGGAUAACUCCCGAUAGUUCUUGCAACACUCCCGGGCGAGCGGAUUCAUUCGGAUUCUCUCGAUCUACAGAAGCAUCUCAGAACAUUCAAUAUGACAUUUCACCAAAAGCCGAAAGUGUCACCGAUGCUGUUGGCGAAAGCCAUUUGAAUGUACCGAAAGAGACUCGUCCAUCAAGCCCAACGCCACUGCUUGUCAAACCGAGAUCCAUUGUGCUCUUAGUUGAGGAUAACUCUGUCAAUAUGAAGAUCCUUAUGAACCAUAUGAAGCGGGCCAAAGAAGAAUACACCACGGCGAUCAACGGCCUCGAGGCUUUGCAUAAAUAUCAAGCCGAACAUCAAAGUAUCAAGGUCAUAUUCAUGGAUGUGGCUAUGCCAGUAAAAGACGGGAUCACUGCAACGAAGGAAAUCCGACAAUUCGAGCGUGAAACUUCCUUACCAAGGGUUCGAAUAGCUGUCUUGACUUGUUUCUCCUCGGAAGAAUACCAGAAAAAUGCUUUCACGGCUGGGGCUGACUUGUUCCUGAUCAAACCGGUACGUAUGAAGGGUCUAAAACCUAUUUUAGAGAUGGAUCCGGAGGUUGUAGUUCCGCCUUAAAGACCUUGCUCAGAUUGCUCUAAGAAAGGAGGAAUAUUUGGGGAUUGACUGUUUUGUGCUCUGCAUUGCUUCUAAAACUGUAUAAAUAGCUCAAGAAAAGAUGUUGCAUCUUGCGACUCAUUCAAUCAAUCACGUCGUCCCGAGUGAUUCAAACGUAAAAGGCAAUUUUGAACAACAACGAAUCAAAUGCAUGCAAAUGGACUGCUCAAAUGUACCAACGAACUUAGAGGCAUUGUUUUCAAACAUAAUUCGAG